AUAAUAAUUCAAGAUAUUAGAGAUGUUGUCAUGUUUACAAUACCUAAAAAUCAGCUAUCUAAAGAAAAUAUUCAAUAUUUUCAUUGUCGUUCAAUGGACUCUCUUUUGAGAUCUCUAAUUAUAUACUUUCAAUAUUUUAUGCAGGUUUGGGAGGAUUUAAUAGCUAGUAAAAAGGAAGCAGAAACAAAACUAUUUCAGCCGAGUAUAAUCGAUAAAGAAAAUAAGAUUCAUGAUGAAUUGGCUGAUUUACGAGCAAUGGUAUCCAAAGCAUAUUUUAAUUUUCUAAUUGGUGCAGCUGAUACAAAAUCUUAUCAUCAUAUAAAAUCAAAUAAAUCUGGUGUAUCUGCUGGUGAAAAAGAUGUACGUUUCGUUGAAUUUCUAUAUCAAGUAUGUGUACGUGUGGUUUGGAUUGCAUUAUUACGGCGAAAUCGAAGUUUAAUUGAAAUGGAAUUAAAUCGAAUGUUACGUUCAGAUACAUAUAAUCAUGUAGCGCGUACCCCAUCUGGAAAUAAUACUACACCACUGUUAAAAGAAUUCAAUCGAGUUUUGUAUGGUAAAUGUAAUGAGAAUGAAAAAAAAUUGCUGCAAAGAUCUAAUGUUGGCAAAGAAAUAUUUAAUGGAGAUCAUGAUUACAGAAUGUUGGCUAUUGGCAAUAAUACUUUGGAAAAUGUUGAUGAAAGAAUCAAAUAUUUGGAAAUAGCCUAUUCUACUCCUGAAGAAAAUCUACUUGAAUUAAAUGUACCUGUUGGUAUAUUAGGAUAUCCUCGUUCAGAUUUUGAUGAAAUGCUAACCCUUCGUUUUGCGCGAAAUGAUGAUGGUAGUGUUAAAGUUUGGCCCAAAAUGGUACUACCGGAGAAAUCAAGAACAAGAUUUAAAACUGAUUCAAAAAUAAAUCAAUUCCAAUUUCCAAACACACCAAGCAAUAUGCAAAGUCAAAUACGAGUGCAACAGUGUAAAAAAUGGAUUGAAUAUUUAUCAUCGAUGCCUAAAGGUUAUAGUACUAUUGAUCAAAAUGCUUACACUCUGUCUAUGUCCACGCGAUAAUAAUACAA